CAAAGCGCAACUUCGGAGAAAAGCAGAUGAAUUGUAUGAUAUUGUUUUUUAUGAAAAGUAGAAUAAGUUUUGUUUAGAAGAGUGAAAUAAAUCAUGACUAUGCUACAUUUUGGAAACUGUAUUGCGCUUGCCUAUGCGCCUUAUUUCAUGACUUAUAAAUUUUCUGGACUGUCUGAAUAUGGAGUUUUUUGGAAAUGUGUUCAAGCUGGAGCAAUGUAUUUAUUCACACAGUUAUGCAAAAUGCUAAUAUUAGCUACAUUUUUUCCUGCAACUGAUAUCAGUGGUUUGGGACGAAUGGAAACAUUAACGGAGUUCUUGAAAAAUACAGUAGAUGUUGCAGAUUUGAUAGGCCUUCAUGUAGUUAUGACAAAAUUUGCUGGGAAAGGCGAAACAAAAUUUUUGGUCGCUGGAUUAGGAUGGGCAUCAGCAGAACUGUUAAUGACUCGUCUGGUACCUCUGUGGGUUGGAGCUCGAAGUGUGGAAUUUGAUUGGAAAUAUUUACAGAUGAGUUUUGACUCUAACAUUUGUUUGGUCCAUCAUAUUACAACAGCAACUUUAGUUUGGCUUUGGAGUCGGCAUGAUCUUAGAAAGACUCAUUUACCCAUAGUAAUGGUCCUGUUGGCUGUUGGAUGCUAUAGACCUUUAAUAAUAGAGUUACUUAUGUCAGUACUUGGUUUGGGUGCAUGGACUAUUCUUGCUGUAAAAGCUGUUAGUGCAGUUUCCAUUGCUCUUGUUUCAAUGCAUAUAUAUUUUAGUUUAACGCAAGGCUUAAAUUCAUAUUAAAUCUAAAUCAAGUUAAAAGGAAAUUAAUCACA